AUGGCUUCUGCGCCAGAUGCGGGCGGCAAGGCCCUAGCCCCACCGCCUUCUACGGCUCAACCGAAGAAGGACCCAGAUGAGCUGGCAGAGGGGCCCAAGCGUCAGACCUCAAACGGCAGUACCACCCACCAAAUCGACGUCCGCGAAGCGCUCAGCAAGUGCGUCGACCCGUCCAUGGCAUGGAGUAUGCAGUUCUGGGUCACCAUUGCGGACCCAUUGACCCGCGAUGUCUUCUUUGCGUGUCCAGCAUCAGGCCAGUGCAGCUGGGAACCGCCUGUUGGCGCAUUUGUUGUGCCUCGCUCCCCGGACGGAGAGUGGUGGGAGUUAGCAGACCCAUCGCGCGACAACCAGAGCUAUUAUUAUAAUACUUUAACCUGCGUGACACAGUGGAAUCGGCCGGAUGGCGACGCCUUUGUUAUCCCGCUGGGAUUGAUGCAGCGCAACGAACUCUCUUCGCGACCGCCAUCCCUGCACCGCGAUUCGACAGAAAGCGAUACGAUUGUCUCUACAUCCAGCUCCAUCCAACCUGCCAUCUCGUCGUCUGGACACCGCGAGCAACUCUCUCUCCCCAUCGCGACCUCGACGGCGAGCUCCAGCGGACCCUUGACGCCCAUCCCAGACGACGCGCCCAUGCCCGAUCGGCCCCCGGGCCCGGCACACGAUCAGCAGGGCAGCUGGUGGGGAAGGCGUCGUGGAAGACGUCUUCUCAGUCGCUUGAGCAAGACCAACCUCAAGACACCAGACCGCAGCCCAUCUCUCACCAACGGCGGCACCACUCACCACACCGACCACUCUCCCGCACUUUCAAACUCGAAUGGUUUUGUGGCGUCACCCCCGGGCUCCCCGUCAAUGGAUGACGGGAGCUUCAAUGACCCUGUCAACCUCGUCCUCCAGCCUGCAUCCCCCACAUCCGCUGCAUACAACCUCGAGAACUUCUCCACCGACAACUUUGCGGACCGCUAUUUUGCCAGCCGCCGCUCCGGCGUGCUGCGCCAGCGCAUGUCGCUCGAGCAGAUCAUGGAGUGGCAGCGCGCGCCGAUCACGUCGCCACUCUUGGUGCUUUCCAGGUCAUCCGUACAGGACGCGGUCACGACUUUCAAAGUCAUCCAGCAUGUCAUGGGUGACCGCGACCGGCACGUCACGGACGCUAGACUGCAGCACAUUCCCACCGCGUCCGUGCUGUCUCUUCGCUCAACGUCGCGCCCCGGUGACCCGAACGAUGCGAAGGAUGAGAAGACGGUCAUCCUCGAGGAGAUUCGCUGGAUGAUUCAACUGGGUGUUGGCAGAGUCGAGAUGCGCGACGAGUUGUUUUGCCAGCUCAUGAAGCAGCUUACGCGCAACCCGGACAACGACAGUACGGUGCUUGGCUUCCAGCUGUUCUGCGUGUUUGUCUCCGCGUUCGGGCCAUCCAAGUCGUUUGAGCCGUUUGUCCGCUCAUUCCUGAUAGGCAAGCUGGAGCGCACCGAUUUUGGUAUUGGCGUCAUGUCCAAGUUCUGCCUUACUCGCUUAGAUACCUGGUCGCAGAAAGGCGGUCGUGGCCGCGUUCUGAGCACGGCCGAGAUCGAGCACGCGUCGGACGCGGCGUUUUACCCGUCCGUAUACGCACAGACGCUCGAGACAAUCAUGCAGCGUCAAGAGGGCGCGUACCCCGAACUGCGCAUCCCCAUUAUCCUGCCGUUCCUCGCGGACGGCAUUCUCGCGCUGGGCGGUACAGAGUCGGAAGGAAUAUUCCGCGUGCCAGGGGAUAAUGAUGUGAUACAGCACCUCAAGUCACGCAUCGACCGCGGGCAAUACCAACUCAGCGGGAUCACGGAUCCGCACGUCGUCGCGUCGCUGUUCAAGAUGUGGCUACGAGAGCUUGAGGACCCGUUGAUCCCUACAGUGAUGUACGAGACGGCACUCGAGGUGUCGAGGAGCGUCGACCAUACGAUUCUCUUCCUCAAGAAGCUGCCGAACCACAACCGCAGAGUCUUGUUAUUCGUCAUCUCGUUCAUCCAGCUCUUCCUCGAUCCAGAGGUUGUUGCCAUCACCAAGAUGACGCCACGCAACCUCGCGCUGGUGUUGGCGCCCAACAUCCUCCGGACGCCAGAUGAGUCACUUUCGGCUGCGUUUGCCAACUCGGGCUACGAGUGCCAGUUUGUCCUGAACCUUUUGCUGCACCUCGACCCACCCUCUGUCGACCCGGACUACGUGCCAUCACAUGGCGGCGGUGCAUCUGGGCGAGGAUCGCUCGACUCGCAGCGCUCGGAGCGGUCGGCAUUGUCGGGCGACGUCUCAGUAGAUAUCUCUGGGCAUCACGCAGGCGAGCACAGCAGCAGGGAGAACGAGGCGCGCUAG